CUUGUUACGUGUACUUCUGUUCCGCAGACUGAUCCAGCUGCAUGAUUCGGAGCCUGUCAGAUAGAAUCUGCCACUACCAUGUCGACACGCGGCAGACUCAUUGUAGUUGAAGGCCUUGAUCGCUCUGGAAAGUCCAGUCAGUGCCAACGCCUCUUCGAGCAAUUCCAGUCGCAAGGUCUGAAGGUCCGCUAUGUCAAGUUUCCGGAUCGAGCCACGCCCACGGGCCAGAUGAUCAAUAGCUAUUUAACUGGCGAAGCUCAACAGGAUGACCAUUCUAUCCACUUGAUCUUCAGUGCCAACAGGUGGGAAGCGAUCAAAUCUAUUUCGUUUGACCUUCUGUCCGGUGUCAACGUGAUAGUCGACCGAUAUUCUUUUUCUGGAGCCGUCUAUUCGGCGGCGAAACAGAACCCGGACCUCUCAAUUGAAUGGGCGUGGUCGCCCGAAAUCGGCCUCUUGAAGCCUGAUUUGCUGUUCUUUUUGGAUAUCUCUUCUGCUGACGCUGCCAAACGGGGAGGCUAUGGCGCCGAGCGGUACGAGAAAGAAGAAAUGCAAUCUCGUGUCCGAACCUUGUUCAAGGAAUUGUUCGCCAGACUCGAUGGAGUCGCCAUUUAUCAGGUUGACGCUGGAAGAACGAUGGACGCCGUCGCCGCCGAAAUCCUGUCAAUUGUUCAAGGAUCGACCGUGGAAGAUGGUCUUGUGUCUGGCGGCCUGCAGAAGCUGGGUCCACUGCUCGACAAGAGGUCCUGAGAAACGGGGAUUGUACUGAACGUAGGGUUGAGAUGGUUAUCCUUCAUCUUCGCUAUCUUCAAUGACUAUUUGGAGUCUCCUAGUGCCAUCUGCGCCAGCGGAAGGCCUAACCGUCAGCCCACUCGACGCAUUGGACGCCACGCUUGUGAAGGAAUCUGCGGAUGCAAGGGACAUCCUGUCUUCCUCAUCACCAUCGCCAAGGCUCAGCUCAGCCUCCUCAUCCACUACUCUUUUUGCGAGAUUCGUCGGCUAGACAUCUAACAUGGGACAUGCUCUGACAGUUGUGCGUGUGACAAAUGACGAAGAUGCUCUUACGGAGAUCGAUCGUCUCUGCACAUACAGAACAAUUCCGAGUAUCAUCUUCAUCGAGAAGAAAUCGACUCUUUUCAAAGACGCCUUUCAGCCGGGCGUAUGUUGAAUCGACGCCUUCAACACCGCCCUUCCCGAUCAAAUCAGCCUUUCUCUUCCUCUGAUUCGGCCGAGGCUGAGCAGAGGUGAACUCCACCUCUUCCGGCUGUUGGGGCUUCGGUUCUGCCGGGUCAAAGUGCACACUGAUUCCCGGUCUGAUUUGAGUAUCGACGCGUCCGCACCAGGUUGACCACGAACGGUACACAUCCUCACUGAAGAAGCGGACUUCAAGUGGCCAUUUGGAGAAAUAGGGCGCUCGCAGCAGCAGGUGGAGAUUUGAUAACUUGUCAAUCAAAGAAGUUCUGGGCCGCCCUGGUCGUUUGGUGACUUUCCCCGUCCUAGAGGUCUUGGUUCGGGUGGUGGCAAAGGAGAGGCGCUGCUCUGGGGAAAUAUGGCGUGUUAAAUGUGCAUUGUGCCAUGCCCACUCAAACUGCAAAGCUGCAAUGUUGGAGGGGAACCCGGCGACGAUACAGGCCAUUUCCCAGGGACGAAGACUUGCCCGAGAAGUGCGCACGGCCCCGCCUUGGACUCGACCAUUGUGCUGAGCCAGCCGACGUGCUGGGUCUGGUGAGGAACCGAUGUAGAGGCUAGAGUGCCGCACGGUGGAGCGGAGGAGAUAGCAGCAGUAAAACGCGGGAAUGGGCUUGAUAUCCAUCUUCGACUUGAAUCACUUGGAGACCAGGUCGACCUGCCGUAAAUCCAGGCGGGACGCUUGGGGCAUUUAGCAAAGGUAGCAAAGAUACCGCGCCUAGUGACUCGUGAUUGGUGGCAGCCAGUCGUCGGCCAGUCCCAUCAACAAACAAG